AUGUCUGCGGACAAUUACGACAUCCUAAAUAUUCUUGGACAUAGCAUCAAUUCCUCUUCAUAUAAAGUUAAAGAUAGAAAAACUGGACAAACAUUAGCAUGGCGAGUUGUUGAUUAUGAGAAUAAAAGUAACUCUAAUAAAGAACACAUGCUUGAUCAUAUAAAAAAGCAAAUUGAAAUGUCUCAUCCUAAUAUUAUAAAGUUUCACGACAUUAUCGAUCAAGAGGAAAACAAAAUUUUAUAUAUAGUGACAGAAUACUGUGAAAACGGUUCUAUUAAAGAUGUGAUAGAGACAUGCUUAGCGAAUAAUACUUAUUUCAGUGAAGAGUUGGUUUGCAAAAUACUGUACCAAAUAGCUUUUGCAAUAAAAACAGCAGAUAAUUUCAUAGGAAAGCUGUGUAUAAAGGAAAUCUUUUUAGAUGAAGAUUUUAAUAUAAAACUGUUCAAUUUCAAAUUAAACAACGACAUUUUAAAAGAAGCGAAAAUGUCCCACCUAGGAUUGAUAUUAUAUGAAAUUUGCACUUUUAAAACCUUCACAAAAAGUACAUAUGAAAUUGAAUUAAAGCAAAUGGAAAAAAUUUAUUCACAUAGUCUGUUAUCUUUAAUUACAAGUCUCGUUGAGGAUAGAGCUGAACUAAGGAAAAAUAUAAGUGAAGUAUUGUGUCACCCUACAGUUUUACUGAGAUCAACACAAUGGCUUAAAGAAAAUUGUUUCGUCAAUAGUCGACAAUCUGAAAAAUGUAUUUCUCUGCAGAAAGACAUAAAUUAUAAAGACGGAAGUAAAUUAUACACUUUAAAAUUGGAAAAACUGAGAAAAAAGGAAGCCUCUUUACAGGUUCGUGAGCAACAACUUAAUGAACGGGAAUACAAGUUGAUGCUAAAAGAAAAGAAAAUUGCUUUAAUGGAUAGAGCUGCCAAAGAAAAACUUCAACAAGCCGAACUGUACCUAAAACGUUGCAGAGAACCAAAAUCAGUCAGUAGUGAAAGCUCAAAAUCUACUCGGAAAGAGAAAAAAACAUAUGAAAAUUUGGACGCAACUUAUGUUAGUUGCGGUGACUCUAUUUUGUUGCCUACAAGCUCAAAAUUGAACGUAAACAAGAUAAUAAAGCCAACUUCAUUCACAAGGACCCUUUCAGAAAGACGAAUCAGAUUUAAAGGUCACAGUCCACUGAAAGAAAUCGAUUUCAAUAAAAGAAACACAAGGCAAUCGAAGUUGAAGAAAGCAUUUUUUCGAAAAAAUGAUUCUGGGUGGUUGACCUGCUCUGAAGAUAAUGAUAAGUCAAGUAUAGAGGGGAAUACGAAAGCAAAAAGAUGUAAUAAAGCAAAACAGUUAUUCUCUGACAAAAACACAUAUCAAAAUGACAUUUUAAUCAGUUCUGACAUGCAGUACAAAUCCAUAACUUGGACAGAAGAAAAUAAAAAACAUGCAUUUGAACUACUGCGGAUGAUGAACGAUGACAAAGAAAAUCAGGGUCUUCAAGUUAAACAUACCUAUUUAUAA